AACAACUUCCGGGUCAGAUGUCAGCCGUACACGUUACAGGUGUUGCACAGUUGCCGGUUUUUUGCGUUUAAUAUUUCCAGAUUUGUUAUCAAUGACGAAGCAAGGAUACUGGGGCAAGAAAAAGAAGAAGGAAAAUGGUAACAAACAAGAAACAAAGCCCGCCAAACAGACACCUAGUACAGGGACUAAGAAGAGGAGGUGUUGUGGUGCAGGAUGUCUGGGUUUUAUCUUCUUUGUGUCAGCUGUGAUUUGUGGAAUCUCACUAUUUUUUGAAAGUAAAGAUUUCCACAAAAAUUUAGAUUAUGUUGCAAGGCUACAUGCUGGGGAUGAAGUUGUGGAUGCCGUUUACUUGAAAGCCUGGAAUAUCUGGGAGAGUGUGGAACCUUACGCAAUGAUAGUACAGGAGAAAGGGAUAGAACUCUUUAACAAGGGGAGAGAACUUUUCUACAGAGCCAAAGAAGGUAUUGAAGAUUUACUAAAAGACAAAAAAGCAGAAGAAGAAAAAGCUCGGAAGGAAAAAUUAGCUACUGAGAAGAGGUUGGAAGAAGAGAGAAGAAAAGCUGAAGAAAAAAGAGUAGCAGAAGAAAAGAGGAAAGCAGAGGAGAAAAGAUUGGCUGAGGAAAAGAGGAAAGAAGAAGAAAGAUUAGCUGAGGAAAAGAGGAAAGCAGAGGAAAAAAGAUUGGCUGAGGAAAAGAGGAAAGCAGAGGAAAAGAGAUUGGCUGAGGAAAAGAGGAAAGCAGAGGAAAAAAGAUUGGCUGAGGAAAAGAGAAAGGCUGAAGAGAAAAGGUUGGCUGAAGAAAAGAAAAAAGAAGAGGAGAAGAGAUUAGCUGAGGAAAAGAGGAAAGAAGAAGAAAGAAAAGCAGAAGAGAAAAGACUGGGAGAAGAAAAGAGAAAGGCUGAAGAAAAAAGGUUAGCAGAGGAGAAAAGAAGCAGAAGAAAAGAAAAGAGGAGAAGCAGAAGAGAAGAAAAGGAAGAAAAAGAAGCAGAAAGAAAGAGCAGAAGAAAAGAAAAAGAGAAGAAAGCAGAAGAGCAAAGAUUGGCAGAGGAGAAAAGAAAAGCGGAAGAGAAGAGGAAAGCAGAAGAAAAAAGAAUUGCAGAGGAAAAAAGAUUAGCUGAGGAGAAGAAAAAAGCAGAGGAAAAAAGGAAGGAGGAAGAAAGAAAAGCAGAGGAAAAGAGAAAGGAGGAGGGAAAAAGAAUUGCAGAAGAAAAGAAAAAGGCAGAGGAGAAAAAGAAAACUGGAGAGAAAAAAAGUGAUGAGGAUAAAGAGAAAGAAGAGAAGAGAAAAGCAAAAGAGGAUAAAAAUGUUGAAGCAGAAGUGAAAAGGUUGGAGGAAGAAUUUAGGAAACAUGAGGAAGAGAGACAAGCUGAGGAGAAGAAGUUGGCAGAGGAAAAGAAAAAAGAGGAAGAGAGGAAGUUGGCAGAGGAAAAGAAAAAAGAGGAAGAGAGGAAAUUGGCAGAGGAAAAGAAAAAAGAGGAAGAGAGGAAAUUGGCAGAGGAAAAGAAAAAGGAAGAAGAGAGGAAAUUGGCAGAGGAAAAGAAAAAAGAGGAAGAGAGGAAAUUGGCAGAGGAAAAGAAAAAGGAGGAAGAAAAAAGACAUGCAGAGGAGAAAAGGAAGUUGGAAGAGCAGCAAAAAGCAAGUGAAAAGAAAAGGCAGGAAAAAAUAGAGGAAGAAGAAAAUGUCAACUAUGAAAAGGCGUCAUAUCCAAAAAGGGACAUAACCAAUGAUGAGGAUUACAUGAUAAGUGACUUGCUUGAUGUUGGAGAUGAUUACAUACAGCAGAAAAUGCUGGAUGAAGCCAAAGAUCAUUUUGAUCAUCUGUUAUCUGAGUAUCCACACAGUCCACGAGCCAUGUACAGCAAAGCCCUCACACUUGAUAGACUGGCUGAGCGAGAGAGGAGCAACAAAUUGCUGGAGGAAUGUAUAGGAAUGUUGCAGAAGACGAUGGAUGCUAAAGAUGCCCCUGACAAAUUGGUGAAACAAGCAGGCUUGAUGCUAGGAGAAAAAUUAACUUUUAGAGGGUGGAUGUCCAAGGCAGCCAGUACAUAUGAGAGUCUGGUCAACAAGUUCCCCUCAGACCUCAGUCUCAGAAAUAAGCUGGGUGUGGCCUACAUGAUGAUGGGGCAGAAUGAGAAAGCCAGAAGAGUGUUCUCUGAUGUUCUCCAAACAGAUAAAAGUGACCCUUUUGCUCGGGUCCAUCUUGGAUUCAUUGUCAAGGUCACUGACAACAACCCUAAAGAGGGAAUUACCCUUCUGAGGGCCGUUAUGGAGAGUAACAAUAAAGACAUACAAGAAGGGAAGUUCUAUUUCCAUCUCGGAGAUGCAUACCAGAGACUGAACCAAACAGACAAGGCAUAUGAAGUAUAUGAGAGAGGAGUGAAGAAGAAGUUGUUUCUGUCUAAGUAUCAGCGCUCUCUAUAUAACUGUGAUGGGGUUAAGGGACAACCUUGGUGGAAGCCAGAGGAAACAGGUUAUCAGCAGUAUCUCAAGAUCCUGACUGACAAUUGGAAACUGAUUAGAGAUGAGGGACUAAAACAGAUUGAUCCCAAAUCAGGCAGCUUUAUUCCAGAGGAGGAGAAUUUACUGGAUAAAGGGCAGUGGAUGCAGUUUACACUGUAUGCUAGAGGUAAGAAGAAUGAAAAAAAUUGUGCCAAAGUUCCCAGAGUGUGUGAACUUAUUGACCGCAUUCCAGCAGCAAAGUCCUGUGUCAGAGGACAGGUUAAAUACUCGCUGAUGAAGCCUGGAGUACACGUGUGGCCUCACUGUGGACCAACAAACUGCAGAAUCCGAGCCCAUUUAGGACUAGUCAUACCCGAGGGUCCAAAGAUCAGAGUGGCCGAUGACACAAGGACGUGGAAGGAGGGCAAGUUCAUUAUCAUUGACGAUUCCUUUGAACAUGAAGUCUGGCACACAGGAACCAAGGAUCGUCUCAUCUUGAUUGUGGAUUUUUGGCAUCCAGAUCUCGACGAAAAAACAAGGAGAACAUUGGAUCCUAUAUGAGUUAAGGAGAGUGCUUCUAGGAUUUUGUUAAUUAAUGAAUUAGCUUUUUAAAAAAAAAAAUUACAUAAAGAAUUUGUCUUCUGUCCGAAAAUCUGUUGUUUAUUAAUUUGGUUAUGAAAAUAUGGUGGAGGUUUAUAUGGAAAAGAAUUUAGAUGAAGUGUGUGAUACUAUGUGUAUGCAUGUGCAAAUUAUUUACUGUAAGUUUGUGUGGACAGAGGCAUAGUUAAAAUGAAAAUUGUGUGUUUGUAAGAUAACAGUGAAGAAUGAUGUUUAAAAGCCUUAUUAUAAAAAUAGUUUAGUACUUUAGUAAGUUAUAUAAACGAUAGUAAAAAUAUGAUAUCCGGAUUGUGAAUCAAAACUGUUGAUCAUUUGAAAGAAGUUCAGUGUGUUUUUAACUGUUUUAGAAAUGCAGCCUUUUACUAUGCAGUGAAAAAAAAAUGACUUGCUCUUUAAUAUAUUGUUGAAAAUGAAAAAAGAGAAUGUAACCCUCAUCAAUUUUCAGUGACUAGAACUCAUAAAAAUAUUUGUCUUAAUAAAAAGUGGCUGAGUGCUUCAACCGAUGCAAACAUAGUCUUUUUCAAUUUUCACCACCAUCACACAUUUCAAAGGGAAAUAAAUGUGAUCUCAAAAUUUACUAAAAUAUUAUGCAAUGUGUAUAAAAAGUGUACAUAAAUACUUGACAUCAUGUUUUAUAAAUGCAUUGCACAGAUCACAUGAUUAUGACAAAUACCUAUACA